AUGUUGUACCGCCAUCUCAGCAAAACUGACACGACUUGUUACCCAUUCCAACCAGUCCUCAGCUCUAGCACCAUUCGCUUGGAGCAAUCCCACACUUACAUCAAUGAGCAGCGGUCGUUCAUCACAAUGCCAAAAGGCAGUAGCCCCACAGCAGCUGCAGAAUUCUCUGAAUACCCCUAG